AGAGAGAGAAAAUCUCAGUCCCUCCCUUCCCUUCCCUCCUCUUCAAAACGCACAUUUCCCCAAUCCCUCUCUCUCUGAAAUUCCUCCGUUCCGCCCGUCGCCGCCGCCGCCGCCGCCGCCGAGAAAUGCCGAUCCUCCGCCCGCUCCGCCGCCGCCGCGCCGCCCGUCCCCGCUCCUCGACGCGCGAAUUCGGGCUUUGAGAUUCCGAAUCUACCCCCCGCUCGCCGUCGCCGCGGCGGCCUUCUCCGAGAGAGAAAAGCUCGCCCCCUGUUCGCGCUUCUUCGAGGAGAGAGAGAGAGAGAGAGAGAGAGAGAGGUUGUUGCGCGGGCGGACGGAGUUGGAGAGAGAUGGAUGGGGGAGGGCAGUACAACCCUCGGACUGUGGAGGAGGUGUUUAGGGAUUUCAAGGGCCGUCGCGCUGGAAUGAUCAAGGCUCUGACCACUGAUGUUGAGGAAUUCUAUCAGCAGUGCGAUCCUGAGAAGGAGAAUCUGUGCCUGUAUGGAUUCCCUAAUGAAAAAUGGGAAGUUAAUUUGCCUGCUGAAGAAGUGCCACCAGAGCUACCUGAGCCUGCACUUGGCAUUAACUUUGCUAGGGAUGGAAUGCAAGAAAAGGACUGGUUAUCCCUGGUUGCUGUACACAGUGAUGCAUGGUUACUUUCUGUGGCCUUUUAUUUUGGUGCUAGAUUUGGUUUUAACAAGGCUGACAGGAAGAACCUGUUCGCCAUGAUUAAUGAUCUCCCAACAAUAUUUGAAGUCGUAACUGGAACUGUCAAGAAACAGACAAAGGAGAAGAUAUCGGUUUCGAAUCACAGUAGCAGCAAAUCCAAGUCUGGCUCUAAAGUGCGAGGAUCAGAUUCAGGCAAAUUCACAAGGACUAUCCAAGCAAAGGAUGAAGAUGACGUGGUGGACGGAGAAGAUGAAGAAGAGCACGGGGAUACUUUGUGUGGGGCCUGUGGGGAGAACUAUGCUUCAGACGAGUUCUGGAUCUGUUGUGACAUGUGCGAGAAGUGGUUCCAUGGGAAAUGCGUGAAAAUUACUCCCGCCAGGGCUGAGCACAUCAAGCAGUACAAGUGUCCCUCCUGCAGCAAUAAGAGAGUGCGUACUUGAUAUAGCUGGUGCCGUGCCCAUAAGCUCUCUCCCCCUCGUAGUUUCGUUAGGUUGGUAUAUGCUAAUUGCUGUCAGGUCGUCAAGUUUUCACAUCGUACCAAACAUUUGGUGUUGGGAACCUUGUCAUCGUGGUUCACAUUUGUAGGUAUCAGGAUUUAAGCAUUUACCUAAUUCUAGAUUAGGAGUUAUUUGUACUUUCAGUUGGAAAACAGUUUGUUCUUCCAUUGCGUAA